CAGCCACAAAAAUAUGUAAAGCCCAGUUCCCAGGUUUUUCACGCAAAUAAUUAAAAGGGAACAAAAUGGGUUCUCUUUAUCUAUCGAGAAAGGGAGCUGGGUUCAUCUAACUGAAGACAAAGACAUGGAGGCCCGUUUCAUGAAACAUCUCAUACCAUCAACUCAUACAAUUUUAGCAAAGAGAUGGCGCUUGAGCAAUAACAUAUCCAGUGAAUCAUUAGGAUUUCCAUUAUUCCAAAGAAGAGCUAAUAAGAAGUUGGCCUUUUCUUGUAUCAUUCCACUAUCAAAAAGAUCCAUGUAUCAAGAUUUUCAGGGCUUUAUGAAGCCUUCGCGUCUUUUGCCAGCAGAGGAAGCAAAUACAUGCACGGAGUACAUAUCUGAUGAGAUAUUUUCUUCACUGGAAUUGGAUAAGUCUACCUCAUUUUAUUUGGCAGAAUUUAGAACAAGCAAAGAGUUUGGCUCUUGUUUGAGAGAUCUAAAUGCUGCAAUUCUUCUUAGCCUCAUAAAUUCUAAUGGUGAUGCCAUACUUCAGAGAAUAUCUGCAGUUUCAUCGCAAAAUUUGGAUCAUGAGAACAACACAAGUGAAAGUAUCCACUUCCAAAGAGGUUCAGUAGAUAUAGUCACAUUCAAGGGACCAAAACUAGGAAAAAUUGAGUCACUUUGGAUCGGCCUUGAAUCAGGUUCAUGGAGGUUAGAUGGCAUAACGUUCACAAUUAUCAACAGCCCCGAACCCUCAGAAGAUGGCCAAAUCAAUGUCAUCCAAUAUAAAUUCGAAUCAAACAACAUACUUCUUGGUGAGGGGGGAGUAUCUGUAGCCGAGCUCAGACCAAUUCUUGUUACUGAAUCUCCAACAGAAAGCUUUUCAACUUUCUUGAAGCACGUAAGCCUCUCAUUAUCAACUUCAUCCUUGGAUUAUAGAAAACUAUCUAACGAAGAAAGCAUGAAGGAGUACUCCGACCUCAAAUUCUCUUUGCUCUUCUAUGACUUCAUCCUAUUCUUCACUGGCUCCUCGAUCUUGUUAACCUUUUCUGAUGAGAGAUAUGCUUACUCUUUCUUCGCUGGUGGAAUUGUUGGUUUCUUGUAUCUGUUACUAUUGCAGAGAUCAGUUGAUGGGUUACCUAUUGAUGGUGAGUUAGAGGAUUUUGCUCAGGGAUUUGGUGGAUUGAAGGGACCAUUGUUUGGUAUAGCAUUGAUCUUAGCUAGUAGCAUUGUUGCAGUUAAGUAUGGGAUUGGAGGUUCAUCUAUGGCACUGAGUCCAGCAGAGCUGUUUAUUGGUGCUGCAGGGUUUCUCACCUGCAAGAUUGCAGUUGUGUUGGCUGCUUUUAAACCCAUAAAGAGAAGUUUGAAGGAGUAAAAAUGAUGUAAAUAUAGCAGCCAUCUGUAUUUAACAAGAUAACAAAGUUCAAACACUAGAAGGACAUGAACAAUUCAUGUUUUCAGAUCGAGAAAGAAACAUAGACUGUAUAAAGUUGAGACU